AAAGUCAUAAACUGAUCCUUCCAAAAAAAAUCUCAAAAAUCCCUAAAAUUCAACUUCACUCGAAAAAUGGCAGAAACCGCCGAUACAAUCACCACCACGAUCUCAUCGCCGCCACCGGAAUCCGAAAGCUCCACCACAUUAUCCACAAUGACAGACCCAACAUCUCAAGAAGUAGCCUCAAAAGACACAGAUCUGACGAAAGAAGCCGAAUCAGAGAAGAAACCCGGAGGAAUCUCUCUCCGAAUCUGGCCACCGACUCAGAAAACUCGCGAAGCCGUCUUGAAUCGCUUAAUCGAGACUUUAUCCACCGAAUCUAUCCUCUCUAAGAGAUACGGAACUCUUAAAUCUGAUGAAGCCAACACUGUCGCGAAAUCUAUCGAAGAAGAGGCUUAUGGUGUUGCUUCGAACGCUGUGGUGAGUGAUGAUGAUGGGAUUAAGAUUCUUGAGGUUUAUUCUAAAGAGAUUAGUAAGAGGAUGCUUGAAUCUGUUAAGGCUAGAUCUAAUGGUAAUGAUGGAAAUGGAAGUGUGGAGGAUAAGAAUACUGAUGGUAGUGAGGUUUCUAAAGAUGAUGCAGGUCCUGUUUCAGAGGAGGAGAAGAGUGAGGCUUGAAAUUAUCUUUCGUUAUAAUCUGUUUAUUAGGGUUUUGCUUAUGCUAGAUUGAGAUCUGUGUUCUUGUAAUGAUGAUGAUGGUGAUGACUUGUGGAAUUUGGUGUUAUGGAUGUUUGAAGAUGUUUCUUCUUCCUUAAUAUGAGUAAGUGUCUUCAUUUUGUUGCUUGGUUUUGGCUUUGUGGGAUUUGAUAUUUCAUCAUUAUGCAAAAUCUGAUUCCUUCUGUGUUAUCUUUGUUGGUAGAUUGUUUACCUUUUUUGUUUUGUUGUCAAUUUUGAGUGGUUAGGAUUGUUUUUUUGCUUGACACAUUGUUUGUUUUGUGGCGUUUAUUGUGUAAUUGCGGUUAGUAUCAUCGGGUUAUGUCUUUGGGAAUGUUUUUAGUUUCUUUCAACACAUUUGCAUCUUUGCUUUGGUGACUAUUAGUGUCUCUAUGCAACUUACCAUUAGGUUAUGAAGUGUUUUUGAAUUAUCCUUUUGAAGCUUACCCUUACGAUUAAGCUGAAGUUCUGUCGAUUUUUAGUGGUGACAUGAACUUGUGGUGAGUUAGGAACAUGUGAAUUUGUCUUACUUUGGUUUAUUGGUUAUGUAGCGUUUAGUCGAUUGGAACUGGAGUUCUUU